GUUUACCAGCAGCAAUGCUAAAAUUGAAUAAGAAAACAGCCUGCUCACUGAUGUUAGACCUCGCAGCCAAUAGGAAUUGACAGAGGGUAUCACGUGCUUUUGAGGCGCGCGAGACAGGUUGCUAUGGGAACAUCCACACAGCUUCUCUGUGGUAGAUCUGAGCAGCGGCUCCAGUAAUGGCUGUUCUGGAGAGUUUGGAAGUGAGGUGGGUUCAAGGAAUCACCAGCAGCAAUGUUGAAUUUGUGGAUAAGAACACAGCCUGCUACAUAUGUGGGAAUUACAUAGUUUUUCUCAACAUAAAGACAAGAAUGAGGAAUAUGCUUCAGUCUCCAGGCAGUGGCAUUGGAUCCUUUACAGCAAACAGCUUUUCCAGGACUCUAGCACUUUCUGAACAGAAACUUCAUCCAUCCAUAUUUGUUUACAGUUACCCUGAGCUUUCCUUACGAUGUGAACUUAAAGGCACAGCUAAACUGGCUUACACAGUGUUGGCACUGAGUGAUGCAGGUCCAUAUUUAGCCUGCUGCUCGUCUCUACCUGAUUACACCAUUACAGUGUGGAACUGGGAAAGUGAAGCUCCAGUUUGUACCCAUCCACUGACUGAAGAGGACAUUUCAACUCUAGCUUUUAAUCCAGUUAACUGGCAACAAAUCUGUGCAGCGAACUCAAGAUCUGUAACAGUCUGGAAUAUUGAGAAAAGUAAUGAUGUUCAUAUAAUGCAACCCAGUGUAGUUGACCUCCCUGCAGCUGAUGGUUCUGCUGUUGUGCGAGAAGUGAUCUCCUCUCAUGGCUCCAAUGGGAAAUUGACAUACUAUGGUCCUCAGAUGCCAACUUCAGCUAUUGCGGGUCUCAGUGGUGACCGGGCGGAAAACUUUGUGCCCCAGGGUCAAGUGAAAUCAAGACUUUGCCCAAGUGCCAUCUGCUGGUCGGCCUCCUCACAGCUGUAUGUGGGAACCAGAGAAGGUUUUCUGCUGCUAAUAAACUCUGAAACUCUGCUUGUCACGGUUCUCUACAAGACACUUAUUGAGGGAAAUCCUUCAAAUGAACUAGUCGACUGUAUGGGUCUGCUUAUGCAAGAAGGCAGUUUCCAGAGCCUGGCACUGUGCAGUAAUGGGAUCUUUACUACAGGAACUGAUUGUGUUUUACGAAACAUCCAGAUUAAAGGGAAUCAGGUUGAGGUUGUAAAGACGUUGGCUAUGGAGGAAGCAGCCUCCUUCCUGUGCUGUUCACCUGAUUAUGAAACACUGCUGCUCUCUUCCCCCACUGGAUGCAUAUACAGAUACAAACCAGGGCUUGCAGACAAACCUGUGAAGGUGCUGGAUGUUCUGAAUGGAGACUUUGUGGCUGCUGCUCCAUUAUACACUGAAAAUAACAUCUGCGUGUCAGUCAGAGAGUCUGGAGAGCUGCAGCUGUGGUCACUGGAUGCAGGAAUCUGUAUUGCUUCCAUCUCUUUGCAGACAAAUGUGACCAGCUUGGCGUGUUGCCCGAUUGCCCAGUAUGUUGCAGUGGGUACAGUGACUGGGCAUGUUCUGUUUGUGGAACUCACAAGAAAGGAGGAACCUCGACUGGUUCAUAGUGUUCACCUCUACCAGGUGCCUGUCAGUCAUUUAGUGUUUGAUCAAGGAGGCAAUGUCUUAAUCACAGGAGCAUCAGAGCCUCACAUAUUUGUGCUGGAUGCACGACCAUCAAAAGCGUUUGAGGUGAUUGGGUACACAGUAACAAUAGGUGCCACUGUGAGCCUGUCCACCCAGUUUGUAAAAGAGAGCAAACAGAUAAAGGUGCUGGUGCUUUGUGAUGGAGAAAAAGAGGAAAGAAAAAACAAGGAACAUAAAGAGGGGAAUGUACUGCUGCUGCUCUCAAUAUCUCUGCAGCAGGUCACAGUUUCAGGAAGCUGUGUGGACCUGCAUGGUGCCCUUCGUGAAGAUGUUCUUCACAGCUGUGUGUAUGAGACUCCAGACUAUUUGUCUUCAUGUGUUCUGGGUACUAGAAAAGUCUUUGGCUAUUGUCAGCAAAAGAAAGUCCUGCAGAUAUUCCAACUUCCAGAGCUUGCAAGUAAAUCAUCCAGCACAGAGGAACCUCUUCAGCUGACUCCAGAGAAAGAGACAGAAGGGCAUCCUCUGGGCCCUGCGAUUGUGAAUCUAUCACCCCACCAGGACUGGCUGGCCUCUGUCGGCAGAGAUGGACUGCUACGCAUCUGUGAUGUCUCCAGUCUGGAAAUAUAUGUGCAACAUCAGUGCCACUCUUCCUGGCUGGGAGGAGUUUGCUCUGUGUCUUUUACACCUGACAGUCAAACAGUCAUCACCACUGGCCUUCGAGAUGGCUCUCUGGUCUGUAGUAAGCUCAGGUUAAAGACAUCUGGAAACAGUAAAGCAAACACAGCUACCCAGUACAGACUGUCCAUGGUGGAAUCCUUUGAGGAGUUAAUAUUAUCUGAAAACCCUGUGCUCAGCCGCAUGACUGACUUGGAAUUACAGGCUCCUCACACACCUCACACAGCUGAGGUCAGUGAAAGCAGUCACGUAACCAACAAGGAUGAGAGCAAUAUGAGUCAGCCUUCUGCAUCUUCAUCCCAUUUCACAUGGCUGGAUGAGAAGCUAGAUGCGGUACUCAAAGAGGAGAGCCAGCAGUUUGCAGGAAACAGGGAGAGCAUCAGGAAUGGCCUUAAGGAACUGAGAGAAACAAUUCAGGCUAUGAUGCAGGAGAAUGAGUCUCUGCCAGACAUGGAGAAGCUGGAGCUGCAUGAGUUUAACCUGGACGUGGAGGAGCAGAAGAGACUGCAGGCUGAGGGAGAGCAGGAGGUUGACAGGGUACGAAAGGAGAUUGAGCUGGAAAAUCUGGCUAAGCGCUAUCAACGUGAGGUUCUUAAGAAAGAAUUUUGGGACCAGAUGAAAGUCAAGGGGAAAGCCAUUAAGGCCUUCCACAGUGAGCAUGAAGUGCAGAAUUACCCUAUGAAGGAACGCACAGCAAAGGAGCUGGAAGAGCUUCAUCGGGUGGAGACUAUCCGACAGACUGAACUAUCUGAAUCAAAUCUUCAACAAGAGACUUCCGAAGAGAAAAGCAAGCCUCCAGUAGAGGGAGAGGAGAAGGAUGAGGCAGAAGGAGAUGCAGCACAGAGCUUAGCUUUAACAGGCAGCCUGAGUCCUCAAUGUGGGGGUUUUAACCCUUACUUGUACAGCCAAAUCAGCAUUCAGACCAGAGAGCAGAAACUUAAUCAGAUCACCCUGCUACAGGAUGUUAUCUACAAAGUGAAAACUGCUUUUAAUGAAGAAUUUGAGGCUGUGUAUAAGCAGAAGGAGCAGGAGAUCAGCCGUGUAAGAGACAGGAACAAGCGCAUCACUGACAUUAUGACUGAGCUGGAGGUGCAGGAGGUUCUGUGGGAGCCAACUCUUACUGACAAUGAAAGACCAGAGAGAGCACUGACCGUCAGUGACUCUGAGAUAAAGGUAGAGAAAUAUCUGACCCCUGAGCAGAUGGAGAGAGAGGAGCAGCAGAGAAAAGAAGAGGAGCAGAGGCAGCUCGCAACAAAGGGGGACAAUAUCAGAGACAGAGCGCUGGUUUAUAUGAUGGAUGGGGUGCUUGAGCUUAAGAAAGAGGACAUUCUAAGAAUGGAAGUGCCACAGCCUGAAUUCAUGACAAAGCCAGAGGUACAGUGGACAGAGGAGGAGAGAAGAAGCUACAAAGAAUAUGAGAAAAAGACUAAGGAGCUCAGAGAAGAGCAGGAGAAAUACCGAAAGAUCUUGGAGGCAGAGAUAAAAAAACUGCAGACAUCCAUUAAAGAUGCCACUCAGGGUUUUGAUGGAACACUCAGUAAGCUGUUUGAAAAGAAGGUGAAAUCAGACAUGGCUGUACAUCAGGAGGAGCUAAAGAUUGCCAAUUUAGCCUAUUCCUUAAUGAUUGAGGAAGAGAUCCUGAACAGAGAGAAACAUCUGACCUACAAACUGGAGAUGGCAAGAAUUCUUAAGAAUGACAUGGGGGAAGGUCUUAAAAGACACAGAGAGGAUGUGGAGGAGUUUCAGAAGAUAUAUGACAUCGCUGUAGCUGAUGAUAAACUUCUUGACAAAGGAUUUCGCAAAGAGUUUGCUGAUGUUCCCAGAUAUUUGGUUGACCAGCUCUACAAGCUUUACAAGCGCAGACCCAGGGUGCAGAGGUUUAGGACUCAGACUGACAGCACAAGCCCGUCCUCCAUCAGGCCUCUGUUAGGCCAAGCAGCAGCAGAGGGAUCCCUGGAUAUGAUGAAGGCCAUGGAGGAGUUGGACGCUCCAGAGCACAUGCCGGAGGAUCUGGACUUACCUGUCUGGGAAAGAUUCUGCUUAGCCAGGAGAGCUAAAGUGGAGAGUGAACAGCAGGUGAAGAUGAAGGCAUUGACCUUAGCAGAGAUGCAGGCUUUUCUACAGAACCGAACAGAUGAGGAUGAGAACCUGCAAAUGGAAAUAAAGACUCUAAAUAAUGAGCUCAAUGGCUUGCGUGAAGAGAGAAUGAGGUUCUGCCGGGACCCUAUGGUGCAGAUUGUGAUAAAGCAGGGCCAGGUUGAGCUGGAGUCUGGAGACUUCAUUGCAGACUACUCUGAUGCUGUGCUGCUCCACCGCAGUGUUGUUGAGGAACUGAACAGCGUAAUUAGGGCUUUAGGAGAGCAGAAGAUUGCAGGCAUGAUAGAGCGCAAAGAAAUCCGUAAGGGGAUCAUCCAGCAGGAAUGGGAGCACAAGAGGAUGACUAUGCAGAUGGAGGAUCUCAGCAACAAAGCCAAAGACAUUCAAAGACUUCAUCUCAAUCAGGAGAUUCAAGAGUACCUGAGUGAGUCAGACUAUGACAACAGAAUGUCAAAGCAGGUGUCUGCUCUAGAGAAGACCUCAACAUUACAAGAGAAGACUUAUCAGAAGAAAAUUGAGAACUGUAAGAAGCUGAUAAAGCAGCUGAACAGACAGGCUGUGCUGAAGAAGGAGAAGUGUGCAGCUCUUGACCUGCAGGUGGUCAGCAUGGAAGUGGCUGUUGCAGAAAGAAGAAAAAUCUACGAAGCAACAGCAACAGAGGAAAGCCAAGAAGAUGAAGUAAAGCAGCGCUAUCAGGACAUCCUGCGGAGGAAGAAGCUUUUGAAUUUGGCCGAAGCACAGACCGAGGAACUGGCUGCACUGAGAGCUGAGGUGGAACGCCUGCGGAGAAAGACAUUCCCUGCUCUUACUCCACUUAAACCCAACUGAUAGUUUAAAUGUAGUUACCAAAAGUGUAAAAGAGUAGAAUAA